GAUCUUGACGCCACCGGCUAAAAUACAACUUCCGUCCGAGGAUUUCCUCCUCGUGGUUAUUAUAAAAGAUAAUUUCUCGUAAAUAUAAUGGCUAACCGAUCAUCCGAACAACGCUCUAAGCAUGAGAAAAGAAAAAAUAAUUCUCGCGAAUCAAAAGAUUCGCCACUCCAACUGACAGCCUCAUUCUACAAAAGAGAAGAUGAAAGCAUAAGUAAAAGAACUAUCAAAAAAGAUGUAUCAGAUCAUUUGAAAGCUGUUGCUACGAUUGAGGAGCAUCUAACACAACUUAAGCAACUGCGGCGUGAUAAUUCAAAUACAGAAAAGAUUGAUUUCUUAAAAGCGUCUAUUACUGCUCACUUCGUAACACUAAAAACUGUAAAUAGAACUUCAAAGACACGACUCAAUGAUGCUAGAAAUAGAACUGAAGAAUCAAAAAAAUUAGCCGAUGAGAAAUAUUUGGAUUUGCAAAAUUUGCAAUAUGAAUUAGGACAUUUUAAGAAGGAAAUUGACAAAUGCUUGCAAUUUAAAUCUGAUGAUGGAGAUAUAGAUUUAGUAGAUGUGGAACAAUUCUACUCGGAAGCUCCUCCGCGCUUGGCUAAUGAAGCGACUAAAACAGAUGAACAUAAGCAGAAAUUAUUCAGACUGGAAUACGAACUGGAACAGAGGAAAUCUUUAGCAGACGAGUAUAAAACGCUCUGCGACGAAAGGGAUAAUAUUGUCAGUAUUGCCGAUGGUCAAAGAAAUAAGUUGGAAGCUUUAAAACCGAAAUUAGAAUGUUUGCUGGAAAGUUCUCAACCUCUUCAGGACUACUUAGAAAUACCAAUUGAUAAGACAAAAGAUUUACAUUCAAAAGCAAAUCUCUUAUCUCGCCCUUUGUAUACAUUAUUUCUCCAGUUGGAUUCUUACGCAAAAGCCUGUGAUCACUCUGUUACAGUCGACAUUGUUGGAGAUAUUAGUGAAGCCAUGUUAGAAAGGAAUGGCUUACCGGACAAUUUCGACAGUGAUAGUGGCCAAGAAGAUGAUGUGGAUAAAGAAGAAGUUGUGAAAAAAAAGAGAAGAGGAAAACACGCCGUUCAAAAGAUAACAACCGAUGUUAAAAAACAAAAAGUUUUACAUUGCUAUCCAUUACAUAUUAAGCUAAAUAUUCAACUACCAAAGGCAAACGAUACUUUUCAAUUGACCUUUAGAUACUUAACUGUUUUGAAACUAAUAACCGUUCAUGUAUCGAUUCCCUCUUUGACUAAUAUCCCAGAAGUGAAAAGUUAUGAAGAUAUUCUCAAUACUAAUACCCUUUUCUCUUGCCUCUAUAAAGAUGAUACAGGUGAAUAUGUUCCUGACUCAAUUACAAAACAACUGCUUUCUAAGAAUGGUGUAAAGGACAUGGACGACUGUUUUGAAAACAUCGGUAAACCUUAUAUUUGGGCUCAAAAGAUAUCUGGUUUACAAAUUUUAACGGAGAGUCAGAGUUGUCUGGAAAUAGAUCCAUCAAUUCAAGAUACUAUUAAAAGAAUAAGAGACAGAGUAAUAUAUCGGUUAUCAUUGAGGAAACAAAUAUCAGAUCUAGAAAAUCUCGCUACGCUAAAGAAAUUAAAUCCUCCAGUUAAAUUGGAAUUCUCAGAAGAAUGGAAAAAAAUUAGCGAGGAAGAUGUUCGUGAAGAAUGCGGUGAAACGUCAAAAAUGUUUGGCAUUCUAUGUAAUCCAACCUAUCUAAAAUGUAAAGCAAACCUUAGCAAUUAUAAAAUUGAAUUAAUUCUGGGCUUGGCAUGUGAUUUUCCAUCAACAACCUCUCUUUGGCGUGUUCAAAUUGAAAACAAUAAUAAGAUAUUCAACUGUUGUAACAACGCUGCCUUAAGAACAAUUGAAUAUACUACAAAUUCAAUUCCCACCGAUCCUAAUCUUAUAAUAAAUGAACAAUUUCAUCUAUUACUUCAAUCAAUACAAGUCUGGUGUGUAUCGAAUCAUCAGGAUGAAACGGAACAAUCCAUUGCGGAUAUAAAUUGUGUUGCUCAGCGGUUUACAAGGGGAAAGUCAAGGGACACACCAAUGUACUUUAAUCGUAAAGGAUUUUAUGUGCAUGACUUAAACAACUAA